AUGCAGGAACCCGAUCACUCCUCAUCUCGUUCCAUUCUGCUAAUCCAUCUCUUCCAAAGCCUCUCCGGAACCUGGAUCCUCAACCGUAAGGUACAAUCGGCAGACCCUUCGGAGCCUUCAGGUCUCUGUUCAGGCCAGGCCACCUUUACCAAAACCCCGCCUUCUCCCGUUAUUGAUGCGGAUGGGAGGCUCCAUCUCGCCGAUCUGGAGCUUCUCUACCAUGAACAAGGCGAGUUUGAUAUGACCAUUCCAUUCCAAGGUCGGACGAAUCCGCCCAAGUUCUCCUUUGCUCGGAAAUACAUCUGGCGUUUGAAUCUGGCUGAAAAUGUCCAUACUAUAAGCAUCUGGUUUACCAAGCCUGGUACCAAUACCAUCGACUAUCUCUUCCAUCAGAUUGAUAUCUCUUUCCCCGACGAUGAUUCCUCCAAUUCAACACGUCAUCUAGUCCUCACCGGUACUGGUGGUCACCUCUGUGUCGAUGACUUCUACAGCAGCUCCUAUUCUUUCACGAUGUUUUGUCAAGACAAUGCUCUCCCAGCUCUCUUCUCCUGGACUACAUCACAUGAAGUCCUGGGACCGAAGAAAGAUCAAGUUAUCGAAACGACAUUCACCAAACCACGAUCUCUCUCUCUCUCCCCGCCUUGUUCCCUUCAUAUUUCAAACCAGCUACAAGUCCCACCGUAA